UCGUUAUGACGCACCAACCGGAUUGGCUUCUUAAUUGGUAUGAAAAUGGUGAUUCUAAAAAUAAUGUGUCAGACCUGAUAUGUUACAUUUUGAAAGAAAGGUGCAAGCUUCAAAUUGCCGGGGACAUUCAUCACUACAUGCGCCACUCAAUUGCUGAUCAAUCGGAUGGUUCUGUUUCUUCUGAUCAGCCUGACAGAAAGCCGGUUUAUGCACAACAUCUACUUGUCAAUGGUUGUGGCGGAGCGUAUGUCCAUCCCACCCAUGUCUUUCGUCAUUUUAGUCAAUCUCAUGGAGUUUCAUAUGAAUGCAAAGCCGAAUACCCUUCUAUUCAAACUUCAAGCAGGCUUGCGUUAAGAAAUAUUUGGAACUUCCGAAAGGAGAAUUGGCAGUUUGAUAAUGUUGGUGGCAUUAUAUACUUCAUAUUGGAAGUUUCUAUGUUCCCACAGUGUGAGCUCGGCCACAUCUUCCAAGUGGAUUCAAGUUCGAAUUUCUGGAGGAGUUUCUGUGGGACAGUGUGGAAUGCUUUUAUAUACAUGCUGGAGCACUCUUAUGUGUCUCUGGGAGGUGCUCUGCUACUGCUUACUAUGGCUAUUGCAUUUGUUCCCUCCAAAGUUUCAUGGAGGACACGGAUAGUGGUCGGAAUUCUCCAUGUUUUUGCGCACCUGACCGCAGCUCUCAUUCUUAUGCUGGUGUUGGAACUUGGUGUCGAGGCUUUUGUCCGCGAUGAAUUAUUGGCAACUUCAGGUGGGCUAUCACUCAUUGUAUCGGCGGUGCCAAUCAGUAGAAAGCAGAUACUUUCCAAUUUCAAAUGGCACUCGAGCUCUGGUAGAAGAAUGGACAUUUGGGCUUUAUCUGCAUUUAAUGUGCCAGAGAUCCCAGAUGAGUGGACACGGGAUCCUGAAUGUGAGGAAGAGCAACCAGAAGAGAACAAGUUGAGCCACGAGAGAAAGUUUCCAAGCAAAUGGAGGGUAGCCACGCCGUAUCAGGAACCUUUAGACACUGUCAGGAUUAUUGACCAAUUCAUCCCAGAAGAGUGGACACUGGAUCCUGAAUGUGAUCAGAAAGAGCAACCAGAAGAGAACAAGUUGAGCCACGAGAGAAAGUUUCCGAGCAAAUGGAGGGCAGCCACUCCAUAUUAG